AUGGACUUCACGACCAUCCUAAACCGAAAGAACUCUGCCGCAGCAGCAGCCGCCGCCGCAGAAGCUCAAUUACACCAACAAUAUCUGCAGAAUUCACAGUUAAACCAACCGCCCACCAUGAAGGCCGAACCAGGCGCUUCAGACAACCCGGUCAACGCAUACCCUCCACACCCUCCCCCAGGUGUUCCAAUGGACCAGGGCCUUGCUGAAACCUUCUAUUACGCUCAGCCCCCGGGCUCAGCGCCUCGCAACAUGAGCUAUGUCCCUGGUGGAUAUGCCGGUGAACCUCAAAUGCAACAAGUGCCAACUCCCUCUGGAAGGACUAGCGCUGAUGCACCCCCGAAAACGUUCCAUUGCUCAACCUGCAACAAGGGAUUUGCCCGACGCAGUGAUCUUGCUCGUCAUGAACGAAUUCAUACUGGUAUCAGGCCACAUGCCUGUGAAUGGCCCGGCUGCGGAAAGCAGUUUAUUCAGCGCUCAGCGUUGACCGUCCACUCACGAGUACAUACCGGGGAGAAACCACAUAUGUGUGAGCGAUGCGGCAAGCCCUUCAGCGAUUCAUCAUCCCUUGCCCGGCACCGUCGAAUCCAUUCCGGAAAACGACCCUACAAAUGCCCAUAUGCCAAUUGCCAAAAGACCUUCACCCGUCGCACGACCUUGACCCGGCACCAAAAUCACCACACUGGGACAAUCGAGGAAGCGGCCGCCGAGACAGAGGCCAAUUUGCGCCAGAACAAGGAACGCGGUCGUGGCCCCGAAGGCAUGUACCCGGAUCAUGCCUCGAUUCACUCGACACCAUCUCCUGCGCACCACGCGUCGAUGUCGCCUGGCGGUGAUCUUCCGCCACUGACCAUGCACCGCUCUGCUGGCGAUUACUACAUGGGGAGUGGGCCCAUUCCGCCUCACGUUCGAGGAGACUUUUCCCAAGGCAGCCCUCGGGCUUCUCCAACGGCUACUUCCCCGUCGCUCUCGAGUUUUGGCAGUGCUCCUAAUGCACGCCCAUCCAUGACUUCGCACCCAUACGCUCCACCGCAGCCCCUCGAGCCCCCGGCCAACAACGACCACCGCCCAAACAGCGUUAGUGGAAGCCCACAUAUGACGAGUCUGGGGUGGGCUUCGCCCUCCCACGGGAGCAUGCCGUCUCCUGGAUCUGCCAACGACUUCACUUAUCCGGAGCCUAGCGGACCGGCAUAUCCAACCUCGAUGCCGCCUCACAUGUAUUUCCCCAAUUCCACCAUACGUCGACCAACCAGCACCGAGCCGGAGAACUACGAAACCAAACCUCGAAUGGGUGAUCACACCUGGUCCACCCCGGUAUGA